AUGGAAGAGGAUCCUCAAAGGUUUAUCGACGAGGUCUAUAAGGUACUUGCUAUUAUGGGGGUGACUCCAGAGGAGAAGGUGGAGUUAGCCGCUUACCAAUUGAAAGAUGUUGAUCAAUUAAGGGAAGUUAAUGUGCAAGAUGUCAUUAACCUUCGUCAAGGAAGUAUGCAUGUGAAGGAGUAUGUCCAAAAGUUCACUCAAUUGACCAAGUAUGCUCCAACUAUGGUGUCAGAUUUGAGGGCUAAGAUGAGUAGGUUUUUGACAGGCGUGUCCGACUUGGUGGAGAAAGAAUGUCGUAUGGCAAUGCUCAUUCAUGAUAUGGACAUCUCACGUCUUAUGGUGUACGCCCAACAAAUUAAGAAGUCAAAACUCAAGGAGAAGUCUCGAGAGGUAAAAAGGGCUAAGACCAGUGAUGGUAAUUUCUCACAUCGUAGAUCUGAUGGACAUGGCCAUCCUAAGUUUCAUCAAGGGUUUUCCGGUCAAGUUUCCUCUGAUGUUCCACCUAAGUUUAACAAGGAUAUGGUGUCUAACUGUAAACCUCAAGGAGGUAAUGAAGGUGGCUCUUUUAUUGCUAGGUUUACAUGUGCUAAAUAUUGGAAGAAAUAUGAUGGCAAGCAAGCUCCUCCUAGCAGUUCAAACUCCAAUGCUCCAAAGAAAAACCACUUAUAUGCUCUUCAAUCCCGAGGUGACCAAGAGAGCUCUUCGUGUAUGGUCACCGGUAUGUUAAAAUUUUUUCAACAUGAUGUAUAUGACUUGCUUAAUCCUGGUGCUACAUUGCCCUUUGUAACACCUUACGUGGCCAUGAAGUUUGAUAUGCUUCCCGAUGUAUUGUUAGAACUUUUUUUGGUUUGUACUCAUGUUGGUGAUUCUGUGGUGGAUAAGAGGGUUUAUAGAAGGUGUCCCAUUUACUUGUCCCUUAGAGUUACUCUUGUAGACUUGGUAGAACUUGACAUGUUAGACAUUAAUGUCAUUCUUGGGAUGGAUUUGUUGCAUGCUUGUUAUGCCUCUAUUGAGUGUAGAACUCGAGUGGUCAGAUUACAGUUUCCAAAUGAGCCUAUUUUAGAGUGGAAGGGGGUAAAUUCUAUGCCUAAAGGUCAAUUUGUGUCUUACCUUAAAGUUUGGAAGAUGAUCUCGAAAGGUUGCUUUUACUGUAUUAUGAGGGUGAGGGAUAUACAUUCUGAAACCCCUUCUCUUGAGUUUGUUCUCGUGGUUAAUGAGUUCCUGGAAGUUUUCCCCGAUGAUUUACUUGAUAUUCCUCCCGAGCGGGAAAUAUAUUUCGCUGCGGCGGAGUUCAAAGAGUUGAAGAAGCAACUAACAGAUUUGUCGGAUAGGGUUUCAUUUGAUUGA